AUGCGUGCCCCAAUUUCACUUGUAAAGAUUCGGCCAUUUGUUUCGUCGAUAUCUCUGCCCGAAAAAAAUCUGCAACCAUCUUUAUCUCUCGACAAAGAAAUGUCGAAAAGCUACUCGUCUCUAGCUCACACAAGAACUUAUGAGGUGGAUGCCAUUACUCUCUUGAAUACCCUCCAGGCAUCGUAUCCAUCGCCAAAGGCUCGUCAGGAGAUAAUCCCCAAGACGCCAUCUAGCCCGAAUGAUAAUAUUCGAGCCUGUAUACGUCUACUUGGUUACGAGGUACUAAGGCUUCUGACAUCAGACCUAAACAAGCUAAACAUUGUGCACGUUACUGGUACUAAGGGUAAAGGCUCGACAUGUGCCUAUGUAGAAUCGAUUUUGAACCAAUAUCGACUCUCACUAAAUGUUCCGCUAAAGAUCGGGCUUUACACGUCGCCUCAUCUCAUAUCGGUACGCGAACGUAUUAGGAUUAACUCAACCUCUAUCGCUCGAGAAAAUUUCACCAGAUGUUUCUUCCAAGUAUGGGACUGUCUAGAAAGCGCUCCCACUAUCGACGGAUCAUCAAAGCCAUUGGAGAAGAUCGGCUACUUUCGAUUCUUGACGCUUCUCAGUUACCACAUAUUUAUCCAGCAGGAUGUAAACGUAGCGAUAUAUGAAGUUGGUGUGGGCGGAGAAAAUGACUCUACCAAUAUAGUGGAAGUACCAGUUGCUACUGGUAUAUCAAUUAUUGGUAUUGAUCAUACCGCUGCCCUUGGUAGCACUAUCCCGGAAAUUGCGUGGCAUAAAGCAGGUAUUAUGAAGAAAAAUUGUCCAAAUUUUACGGUUGAGCAGGAGCAACAGGCCAUGGAAGUCAUCCAGAAACGAGCCAUAGAACGUCACGUUGAGUCAUGCCGUGUAGUCGAGACGCUUCCACAACUAGAAGAAGUACAGAUUCAACCGGAUGCGCCCUUUCAACGAAGAAACGCAUCCCUGGCAGUCCAUCGCCUAUCCGUAUCCAAUCCAUUGCCUCGUCAGAUAGUAGCGGGAUUAGAGCAGGUGGUUUGGCGAGGAAGGUGUGAAAAAAAAGAAGAUGAAUUAAUUACCUGGUAUUUAGACGGUGCACACAAUGUCACUAGUGCCGAAGUAGCCGCCGCUUGGUUUGCCAGUGAGAUCUCUAGGGUUGAUAACGAAUACAUGCGAAUGAAUUCCGGAUCCCUGAAGAGUGGGCUGCGCUUCUUGAUAUUUAAUCAACAGGGCAAACGAGAUAUAAUGGCACUGUUGGAGACGAUGUUUUCAAAUAUAAGGGCAAAUAACAUACAAUUUGAUCAUGUAAUAUUUUGUCCUACAGUCCCAAGUGGCACAAAUGCUCGAAAAGACUUGGUAAAUGCGUCUAUGGAUCCGAUAGCAAUCAAAGAACUUAGGGACCAAAUAGCUUUCGCAGAUAGAUGGAUAGAUCUCGACCCUAACGGAGCCAAAACUCAUAUUUUAGCUAGUUUGGAAGAGUCACUGAGCUUAUGUCGAAGAUUAAGUUCAGGAAAGUCGGAAAAAUCUCACGUAUUCAUUACUGGUAGCAUCCACCUCGUAGGACGUGCUUUGGAGAUAUUAGAAGGCGUAGAUUCAUUAUGA